AGGAUGGGUCAGGCUAGGGAAGGGUGGGAAGAAAGACACAGGAGGGGGAAGGGGUGGAAUUAACGUCACGAGCUUGAAGAGAUAGUCACAAAAUCAGGAAAGAGAGGAAAAAGUAACGGAAGAGUCUAGGGGAAAUAAGCUCCACAAAAGCCAACGGGGGCAGGAAAAGGCUCUGGGCAAGAAACCGCUCUCCUGCUUGUGACUGGGGAAUGGUUGAGAAUGGAAACUGAUCUGUAUGGAGCGGGAACGUGGGGCUUUGGAGCGAAAGGAAAAAUCCUGUCGAGUGGAUUGUAAGGAACUCUGCUAACAAAAGAGGGGGCGAGCCAGGGAGCCAUGCAUCCAGAUGUUGCUGCUGCUACCCGGGUGGAACUGGAGUUCCCCAAAAUGAGAACUGAAGAUAAAAGAGCUGCAGCCCAGCUACUGCCACUGAGAAAGGACUCACACGUUGCCUGGAAUAAUAUGGUGUUACCUAACCCAUGUCCAAAACAGAUUCAAAUGUGGUUCAUGGCUUGACCACCAUCUUACAAAGUAUGAUCAUGAGGCAUCCUGCUGUGAAAUGGAGUGUGAAGCUGGAAAUGGAGCGCUUCCAUGUGAUACUUCAGGGACAUCUGUUGCAUAAAUUGACUCACUUUUUAUGUGUAUGACUUGGAGUUAGAAAUCUACAAUUAAGAUCCUGCUGAAAUGUAAUAAUGGGAGUUCUGCUCUGAGUUUCUUGAAUCGACUUGGUCAGCAGAAGCCUGGAGCACUAUACAGCUGGCACAUUCAGAUCUUGGAAAGAGAUGAAUGCUUUACGUUGCUCUCAAGUAAAUGCACGGAGCCGAUGCUUAGAAAAGCACGGUGGGUUUCUACAGCUUGCAGGUGACCUGUCACCAUGCCAGGUGCUGACACGAUGACAGCUAGCAAGGCAGCCGACGUGAGCAGCAAGUCUGAAAACGGUGUCUGCAAAUCCAUUGAGAGGGUCAAGCUUGCAAGUAAAAAUAAUAGAAACACGGUGAAGGAAUUAGAAAGACUUUGGUUUGGGUCUUCAAGUGAAAAUUAUUCUGAAGGUGCCAGUUUCACUCUGAGUCUAGGACCUAAAGCUGAACAAGUUUCUUCUGUGGUGAAAAGCCCAUUGAAAUCACUGGAGAACUUGAUGCUAGAUCCAAGGCUAGACUGCUUUCAGCAGAACAUGCUGAGUCCCAAAAUGAUUAUCAGUGACCAAUCUGUGGAUCUUAAUGUCAAGGAGAGCAGCGAAAUCAUAAGGAGACAGAUAGGAGGCACUCAGCAUUUACAGUUAGCUGGGAAAGUCAGUUUGAGGAAUAAGCCCUUCAGUAUCAAGGACAAGAUUUCCGAGUGGGAAGGGAAAAAGGAAACACCUUCUCCUCUGGUCAGUCGGAAGGAGGAAGAGCAAGGAGUUAAAGAGGAGCACAAGAUGCCAUGUGUGGUGGAGAAGAUGAGUGGGGAAGUUUUGGGGCCUAGGAAAGUGGACACCAAGAGACUUAUAACCUGGGAGUUGGAAUGCAAAGGGAUAGGCAAAGAGAAUGAAAGAAGAGUGGGCACUUCAAAGAGCAUGGGGCAGGGAACAGAGAGGAAAGUGGAAAUGCAGGAGAAGGAAGAGGAGGUUGAUUCCAGUGUUGGAAAAUGCAAGGAGGUGAAAGGUGGUAAGUGGGAGGUCCAGAAAGAGAACCUUUCAGUACUGACUCAGGUCAAGAAACUGGAGCAGGCCUUGAAAGAAGGAUCAGCAGAAUUGCAGCCACAGUUGCCAGGUACUUAUUAUUCCCCACACUGUCUGCAGGAGAAGGCAGAUGAGGGACAAACCUUCCCAGAGGACCAGGAAGGUGUUUGUGGCUCUGAACUCAAUAAGAGGCUCCUCAGCUUAGACUCAGAAAUCAGUGAGCCCAUUUUUGGGACUCUGGAAGAGGUGAAAGCAUCUCAAGUGAAAUGCAAGGAUCACAGCGUGGAGAAUGUGUACACAGAACCAGGGAUACCGGAGAAGAAACCCUUCAUCAACCCACUUCCAAAGCCCAGGCGAACUUUCAAACAUGAGGGAGAAGAGGGAUGGAUUCCGGCAGCUAGAAAUAAGAGAAACUUGCCCCCUCUGCCAUCUAUACCUCCCCCUCCUCUCCCUUCUUCUCCUCCCCCAUCAGCUGUCAGCAGAAGACUAUGGAAUGGGAAACAUAAGAAUAAUGCUGACCACAGGAAGUCCUAUGAGUUUGAAGACUUGCUGCAGUCGUCGUCCGAGAAUGGCAGGGUGGAUUGGUACGCUCAGACCAAGCUGGCCCUCACACGCACUUUAUCUGAGGAAAACGUCUAUGAAGACAUUCUGGAUCCACCAUCGAAGGAAAACCCCUAUGAAGACAUUGAGAUGAACAGCCGCUGCCUGGGGAAGAAAUGUGUCCUGACUUUCCCAGCCUCCCCCACCUCCUCUGUACCUGGCACGCCCUCCAAGUUGCUUUCCAAACCCAUUUUCUUUCGACAAAACUCAGAGCGGCGGAGUUUCAAACUGCUGGACAUACGGAAACUGAGUCGUGACGGUACUGGGUCCCCUUCCAAAAUCAGCCCUCCCUCUACCCCCAGCAGUCCAGAUGAUACCUUCUUCUCCCUGGGAGAUUCUCAGAAUGGCAAGAGGAGAAGGAAGAUUCCCAAGCUGGUAUUGAAAAUCAACGCCAUUUAUGAAGCCCGAAGGGGGAAGAAGCGCGUCAAGAGGCUGUCCCAGUCUACGGAGAGCAAUUCAGGGAAAGUUACAGAUGAGAACAGUGAAUCGGACAGUGACACUGAAGAGAAACUGAAAGCUCACAGCCAACGGCUGGUACAUGUGAAGUCCCGCCUGAAGCAAGCCCCACGGUACCAAACCUUGGAGCGGGACUUGAUCGAGUACCAAGAGAGGCAGCUGUUUGAGUACUUCGUCGUGGUAUCACUGCACAAGAAACAGGCUGGGGCUGCAUAUGUGCCUGAAGUCACCCAGCAGUUUCCAUUAAAGCUCGAGCGUUCCUUCAAAUUCAUGCGAGAGGCAGAGGAUCAGUUGAAAGCCAUUCCCCAGUUUUGCUUCCCCGAUGCUAAAGACUGGGCGCCCAUCUACCAAUUUGCCAGUGAGACCUUCUCCUUUGUCCUGACUGGUGAGGAUGGGAGUAGACGGUUUGGAUAUUGCAGAAGGCUACUGCCCAGUGGGAAAGGGAAGCGUCUCCCUGAAGUUUACUGCAUUGUGAGCCGCCUUGGAUGCUUCAACCUCUUCUCUAAGAUCUUGGACGAGGUUGAGAAAAGACGGGGGAUUUCCCCUGCUUUGGUGCAGCCUCUCAUGAGGAGUGUCAUGGAAGCUCCUUUCCCUGCGCUGGGCCGGACCAUCACCGUCAAGAAUUUCCUACCAGGCUCAGGGACUGAAGUAAUUGAGCUGCGGCGGCCUCUGGACUCGAGACUUGAGCAUGUUGAUUUUGAGUCCCUGUUCUCCUCUCUCAGCGUCCGGCACCUGAGCCGAGUGUUUGCGUCCCUGCUUCUGGAGAGAAGAGUGAUCUUUAUAGCAGACAAACUCAGCACCUUGUCGAAGUGUUGUCAUGCCAUGGUGGCUCUCCUCUACCCCUUCACCUGGCAGCACACCUACAUCCCCGUGUUGCCGCCUUCCAUGAUUGACAUCGUGUGCUCACCAACCCCAUUCCUGAUUGGCCUGCUCACCAGCUCACUGCCCCGCCUCAAGGAGCUACCGGUGGAAGAGGUCCUUGUGGUUGACCUCGUUAAUAACCGAUUCCUCAGACAGAUGGAGGACGAGGACUCCAUCCUGCCUCGGAAGCUGCAGGCGGCGCUAGAGCACAUCCUGGAGCAGAGGAAUGAGCUGGCUAGCGACAAGGAGGAGGGCGCUCUGAAUGGCAGACACGAGUCCAGCCCCUUGAAUGAAGUGGUGUCUGAAGCCUUUGUUCGUUUCUUUGUGGAGAUCAUGGGCCACUACUCCCUGUUCCUGACCCCCAGCGAGCGAGAGGAGCGGACCCUACAGCGGGAGGCCUUCCGCAAGUCUGUCUCCUCCAAGAGCCUUCGACGCUUCCUGGAGGUCUUCAUGGAAACCCAGAUGUUUGGAGGAUUCAUUCAGGAGCGGGAGCUGCGGAAACAGGGGGUCAAAGGUCUGUUUGAGGUACGUGCCCAGGAGUACCUGGAAACGCUCCCCAGUGGAGAGCAGAGUGGAGUCAAUAAAUUCCUGAAAGGACUCGGUAGCAAAAUGAAAUUCCUCCACAAGAAAUAAGAGUCACGAGCACCAUCAUUCCAUGGAAUAGAAGGAUUUUACAAUUCAGCAGAAACAAAAUGAACUGUUACCAACCAUUCCCACUUAGCCUGCUCCCAAGGGGGUGAAAGCCCUGGAUGCUGAGCUCUGGAGGCAGAAAGGCCAGAAUUUGCUCUUGUGUGAAAGUGGCCCCAUGAGAUGAACAGAUGGUGGUAGAGCAGCCUGGAGAGGUCUCUGGACUCCUACAGUAACAUGCACUGGACCAAGCACUCUAAACUCUGCAGUAGCAUUUUGCAGACCUCCAAAUUGAUUUGAUUUCUUAGUUAUUAUACUUUUGUUCUAUUUAUAUUGGGGUUAGGAAAAAUAUUAACCAUUGACACAUGCCCUGCCUCCUUUCCGAGUGGCACUGUUGGAUGUGAUAAUGGAGACUGGGGGGAAACGGUCGUAUUACCCAGGACUGAGAACGAAGGAGGACAGAAGGAGGAGAGAAAUAGAGGAAACAUAUGAAAAUAGGUCUUGACAAAAAUGAGGACACUGAGGACUGCAGGGAUGCCGAAGGACAUGGGCAGGUUGUGCUUACGAAUGAGGAAAGGAGGUGGAGGGUGAACCACUAAACCUACUGAGAACUUGAUAUGCCAGCCAACUAAUCGACCGCUAUGCUCUGCAAGGCAGCUGUGUCACAGGCCUCGUGGAGAGGCCUUUCCUUGUAUUGUCUAAGUUGAGAACCUUACACAAUGUAAUUAAAAGUGAGUGGCGUAAAAA